GCUGACCCGCGGCAGCGCGAAAAGUGUAAAACUACAGCGUUUGUUGGAGGAAAGGAUCGAAGCCAAAGUGAAGUUUUCCCAGUUCCUGGAUGAGGUGACAUCCAACGUGCUCGACGCAAACAGCCUGCAGGCAUUUGGGAAACCAGUCGCUCUCUCUGGCUUCACCGGCGCAGGGCCACCUCAGCCCGGAGACGAGAUCCAAGCGGCGCCACAGCGGAGACCCCGGCGGCCUUCCUCAACGGACCAGCGCUCUUUACUCGAGCUGAAGAUGACCGAAGAAGAGCAGACGCCCUUUGGCCCGGAAGAGGAAACCUACCUGGUGACGGACGUCGACACAGUGGACCUGGAGGGAGAAGCUGAGACGCCGUUACAGCCGGAGAGAGACGGGAAGAACACGAUUCCACCUCCUCCGCAGUUCUGUGAAGGGUUUGGGACGACGAGUCCCUUUCCGGAGUUUCAUCCCGACUUCCCCACGCACCCCUACAGAUCUGCCUCUCUGCCCGUGGGCAUCAACAUGGUGCCUGACGGAGAGACGAACAACAUCGACACUAUCAGCUCACUGCUGGAGCAGAAGGAGGAUUUACGGAAGAGGCUCUCCUUCACGACACACAAGCUGGAGCUGCUGCAGAGCGAGUUUGACUCCACGCGUCAGUACCUGGAGACGGAGCUGCGGCGGGCACAGGAGGAGCUGGACAAGUUCACGGAUAAACUGCGCAGAAUACAAAGCAGCUACACAGCACUGCAGAGGAUCAACCAAGAUCUGGAGGAAAAGAUCCAAAGAAAUACUCAGCACCACGACGAUGAGAAGCGAGCGCUGAGCAGAGAGAUCAUCGUCCUCAACAACCAUCUGCUGGAGGCCAAGCUCACCAUCGAGAAGCUACAAGAAGACAAUGACAUGUACAGGAAGGACUGUAACUUGGCUGCUCAGCUUCUCCAGUGCAACAAGUCUCUCUACAGGGCGCAGCUCUCUGAGCUGCCGGCUGAUUUUCAAGAGCGCCUGACCAUGCACUUGGAGGAGUCUCCUCUCUGCCACGCCUACGCCGACUCUGUCCCGGCCUCUCUCAUUGGCAAAGCGCUCGAGACGCCAGGUGAGGCCUGCAGCCAGGCCUGCAGCCAGGCCUCCCGCUCCCCCAGCCCCCAAACCCAGGACCAUGCUUUUAUCUUGGAGAGCUUGGGACCGGGAGAGCGUCUGGGUCUCCGAGCGGCCUACAGAUCCGACCUGUACAGUAGCGACACGGCGCUGUACUGCCCCGAUGACCGGCACCGUGAGCGGAGGCCCAGCAUGGAUCUCCACGGUCAGAGGAAGCUUGUCUACGGGCCCCAAAUUUCGACCGACAGCAACCCAGAGGAGGGCUUGUUGGGCCUGAGGGCCGGCUUCUCCCAGGAGCACUUUGCUAAGUUCCCUGCCACGCUGCGUGCGGGCUCCAGCUCCUACUCCAGCUUCAGUGGAGGCGGGUCCGAGGAAAAAGCCAACGGUCCGCCCAGCAGUGCAGCUUCCUCCCCGCACCACCAUUCCCUCUACAUGGAGUGGAGAGACGCAGGCGACUACGAGAGAAAGAGCGACUCGUCCUGGGAGAGGGACAGUCCAAGAGGCUUUGCCAACGCACCUCCUUUCCAGCAGACGGAGCUGAGCCACCACCAGAACGGCAGCUCGCCCGUCUACAGCCGCACCAUGUCCUCCUGUUUCAGCGAGCCGUACGAGCCGCUCCCUCCCUCUUCAUCCCCAAGCGUUGCCUAUGGAGACAGUCGUCGAGGCAGCACAUUUGCCCCCGAGGAGGAGGAGCUGAUUGGUCGAUGGCGACAACUCAGUGUGGAGGACUUAAGUGCCCAAGCCUACCGCAGCCCAGGCCGGGCUUCCCCUUAUAGCUUCUCCGAGCAGCACUUCUCCGUCCGGCCUUCCAAGAUCCGACUCGGCCCGCUCUACAGCAGCUUCCAGGAGGGGGCUGACGGUUACCAUCAUGGAGGGGGUGUCAUGGACUCGGUGUGGGGAGCCGCCAGCACCAGCCCCGAAUGCAGCCCAGGGCUGCUGCAGGCUCACAGCCAAGCCCACCUGUACCGAGCAGAGGAAAGCCACGGGUCGCAGCACAGCCUCUACCACUCGGGGAGCUCCAAAGACAGGGAGGGUAACGCGGCGGCCGGCGGCCAGAGCGCGGAGUACGUCGACCCCAGCCCCAACAGCUCCGCCGAGUCUCUGAACCAGAGGGCCCUGGAGAUGACCGCAGAACAGCAGCACUACCAAGUGGACAUGCACAGCCUGCCUCCACAGGGGAGCCAGUCGCCACCACCAGCCCCACCCCCCCCUCCUCCUCCGUACAACCAAACAUUUGCCUCCUUGGGACUUUCCAGGAAGGACAGUCUGACCAAGGCCCAGCUUUAUGGAACACUUCUAAACUGAAGACGUCCAGCGACACCCUCUGUGAGCACGAUCAUUUUGAGAGGAAAUGGUUCGAAUAGCAGCAGGUGGCCGAAUAAUAAUUCAGUCUCAUGAACAUGUAACUAUUGCUGAGUAUUUAAAUGCUUUGAUCGUAUGACAAUGGAUGGAAACAGUUUACUCUCCAGUUGUCCUGAGCAAGUACUGUAAGUCCCGUUAUAAGAGUUGGAUGGUGAGGAGCUCAAGCAGCACGUACAAUUUGUAAGAAUGUGUAUUUAAAUUAUAAAUGGUAACUAAAAAUUUAGUGAUAUAUUUUAUAUGUAGCUGUGAGCGAGAUAUACAUCCAAAUAAAUUUAACAAAUCCUCUUGAUAAACCUGGAAAUUGUAUAUAGAUUCAAAACUGCCAAUCCUAUAAUCGAAAACUCAAAGAGAUAUUUUAAACGAGAAUUGAUGUGCGUGUAAACUACACAUGGAUUCAGUCCUUAUUUUUAACGGACUGAAACAGUGCUGGCCUUGUGAAGCUUUAAAUGUUAAUGUUGAACAGAUGAGGAAGAGAAUCAAUGAAUCACUUCAAUGAGAAGCAUACAUUUAGUUUUUGUUGAUUGAAUUUGACGGUAUCGGUGGGUGUGUUUUAUUGUUAUCGAUGGAACAUUUUAAGAUCUGUCUUAGCGGUCGGUCAGUAUUUUUUAUUUUGUGCUCUUCUAUAUCCCACAGAGAGGUUUUCCUAACCCCACUCUACCUCAAAUUUGGAUGCCCACACUCCAUCAAGCCACUGUAACCCUGUUUUCUUUGACGACAAUGCAUGUUUAUAUAUUUUGGUUGUUUUGUUCUCCUAAUAAAGCACAAGUUAUACAUA